AGNGAACAUGUUCGAAUGGUCGACUUGCAACAAGUGAGUCGUUCUCAUUCGUGGUGUGAACAACAAGGAAGCGAGAGGGAUUUUGGUGUCUGGUGGCCGAUAAUGGACACCCGUGAAGUGAUCAACAAGUGAUCCUCAACAUGAAGAAGGAGCCUCCCACAUGGAGCCAUUUAUGGACCCGAUAUGGUUCCAAAUCUCUGGUGCUUCAGAGUGUGGCCGUGAUUGCCAUCUGUGUCCUUUUGUUUUGCUUUCUGAUCAUUCAUAAAACAACGAGUGACAGUUCGACGUCAGUACAUCAACAUUGGAACUACCGGGGCAACAUCCUGGAGGUCACUCCCAAUGUGGCCAGACGGUUCAAGAUCUCUGUGCCACAAACUUCAGCGGCUUUGGCCCAUUUAGAAGACAUUUUCGUGUCGGUGAAGACUAGUCAGAAAUUCCAUGAGUCCAGAUUGGAUGUGAUCCUCAACACCUGGUUCCAAUUGGCCCGGGAUCAAAUUUGGUUCUUUACCGACGCUGAAGAUCCCGAAAUCAAUCGGCGAGCUUAUGGUCAUCUCAAAGUUACCAAUUGUCCUGCCUCUCAUAGUCGGCAAGCCCUUUGUUGCAAAAUGGCCGCAGAAUUCGAAGCCUUCUUGCAAACAUCAAAGAGCUGGUUCUGUCACUUUGAUGAUGACAAUUAUGUGAACAUUCAAGCUUUGGUGAGCAAACUCCAAGAGUUUGACUACAGGGAGGAUUGGUACUUGGGUAAGCCAUCCAUUCCCGAACCGCUCAAGAUCCCGGACCGCGAAAAUAUGAAGGACCAGUUGUCAUUCUGGUUUGCCACAGGCGGAGCUGGAUUCUGCCUGAGCCGCUCUCUGGCACUUAAAAUGCGGCCGGUCGCGGGAGGCGGGAAGUUUGAAUUGGUCGGUGACAAGAUUCGGUUACCGGAUGAUGUCACCAUGGGGUACAUCGCCGAACACCUCCUCCACACCCCAUUGACUGUGAUUGAGGAAUUCCAUUCGCAUUUGGAGCCCCAGAGACUCAUAGAAAAGUCUUUGGACUCUCAGAUCUCGUUUUCUUACUCCAAGUACGGCAAUGAAAUGAACACAUUGGUCAUUGAAGGCUUUAAUGACGAGGAAGAUCCAACCAGAUUCAAGAGUCUUCACUGCAAGUUGUUUCCGAACUUCAGUUGGUGCCCGUCCAAGUCGUCUUGAGCGGAGUAAAGUGUGAAUCCCAUCAGAUGCUCAAAUCAUUCGGACUUUAUGGCCUCUCAAUUACAGGAUCAGAGUGCUAACAGACACUUCAAAAUCUGAAAGUGCCAUGACGUGCCUGUAAGUGAAGGCACCUUUUCAAACGAAGGUGCUUAGACCCCUUGAUUCAUUCAGACAUUUUCAUAGAAACCAUCACCUAGUCAGAUUUUAAAAAACAAAAUGAAUGUAUGAAAUAUAAAGAUUGAUUC